AGUACAUAGCAUCACCACAACAUUUUAUAUAAUGUACACUAUAUAUAUAUACACACACAGUAUAAACACAGCCCUGUUUGUGUCGGCAGAAAAUGGGUAGUUAGUUCUUGGUGUUUAAGAAAUAUAUAUAUAUUUUUUCUUGGUAAUUUAUGUUUGUAAGUUGGAGAUAACGAAGAUGAUGAAGAGAAGAUUGAAUUUUAACAGUAAAAUGAGAGAGAGUUCUGCAAAUGCGAUGACGACGACAUCGUCAAUGUCGAAAGAAGAAAAGGUUGAUUGGGAGAUGAGACCCGGUGGAAUGUUGGUCCAGAAGAGAAGCGAGAAUUGUUCAGAUGCUCCGGCUCCGAAUUUGCUUCUACGGAUAGCUUACGGGGCGGUCCGAUACGAGAUCUCGGUGAAUUCUCAAGCAACAUUUGGUGAGCUGAAGAAGCUGCUGACGGUGGAGACUGGGUUACAACCAGCCGAGCAGAGACUAAUUUUCCGAGGAAAAGAGAGAGAAAAUGGGGACUAUCUGGACAUGUGUGGGGUCAAAGACCGAACAAAAGUCAUAUUGAUGGAGGAUCCAUCCAGCAGGGAGAAAAGAUUCAUCGAGAUGCGUAAGAAUGCGAAGAUCCAGAGCGUACAUCGCGCCAUCAACGACGUGUCCAUGGAGGUUGAUAAGCUGGCAGAGCAGGUCUCUGCCAUCGAAAAGUCAAUUGGAAAUGGUAAUAAGGUACCCGAAGUUCAGAUCACAACAUUAAUAGAGAUGUUAAUGCUACAAGCUGUCAAGCUAGAUACCAUUUCUGCAGAAGGAGAUGCGUAUGCUCAAAAAAUUAUGCAGGGCAAGAAAGUUCAGAAAUGUGUUGAAACACUUGAUGUGGUGAAGGUAUCAAAUGCACGAAUAAAGCCUGUGGUAGUGACAACCAAAUGGGAGACAUUUGAUCCUCCUCCAACCACCACCCAUUGGGAAUUUUUUGACUGAUUCUGAUUUGCUCAUUAUUUAUUUUUUUAUUUUAUUUUUUUUUUUUUCAUGUAUGUAUCUACUAAAUAUAUAAGCAAGCCAUUCCACUUGUACUUACAGUCCCUCCCUACAACUCAGCCAAUAAAAGUUGGUCAUAUUUUAGUAGACAACUAAAGUUUUGUUGAACAUUUUGAUGUGGAUAAUUAAGUUUAAAAUCAUUAAUAGAACUAUUUUCCUAUA